AUGUCUGCUUAUUCGGUCAUUGUCUUGAAGGACUUCGUAUAUAUGCCCAUCAAGGGAACGAAAAAUCUCGAGGCAUGCGUCCAAACCGUUCGAAAUUAUUGGAAUAUAUUCACUGGGGCGUGGAAGAUGCUACACGAGCCAAGUUCCUCCGGCAGCAUUGGAACUGUCACGCAUCCCGAUAUAUAUUAA